GCGGAGGCGGGGCCAUCGCUGGCGGGGGGCGGGGCCGGAAGCCCGUUCCCCGUGACUGCGCCACGUCUGAGGCGGCUGUGGCCGCGUCGGUGCUGGCGUCGAGGAGCCGGGGCAGGGCGCGAUGGCGGACUGGGCUCGGGCUCAGAGCCCAGGCGCUGUGGAAGAGAUUCUAGACCGGGAGAACAAGCGAAUGGCCGACAGCCUGGCCUCCAAAGUCACCAGGCUCAAAUCGCUCGCCCUGGACAUCGAUAGGGAUGCAGAGGAUCAGAACCGGUACCUGGAUGGCAUGGACUCGGAUUUCACAAGCAUGACCGGCCUGCUUACAGGGAGUGUGAAGCGCUUUUCCGCAAUGGCAAGGUCCGGACGAGACAACCGGAAGCUUCUAUGUGGCAUGGCUGUGGGUCUAAUUGUGGCCUUCUUCAUCCUCUCCUACUUCUUGUCGAGGGCAAGGACGUGAGCCAGUGGGAGCUGGUGUCUAUGGGUGCCAAGGGCAGCCAGGGUCUUCCCUGCCUGGCGUCUUGGGCUCCAGAGGACUUACCUACAAAGUAGUCCUUUGAAAUUAUAAUCGUGGGCCAGGAAUCUUCUUUCUGUGUGGCAGGAGGUUGCGGCUGCCUGUGACCUGAUGAGCUCAUGUUGGCUGGUCCCAUGUGUGGAAGGGACUCCCUCGGGGAAACCAAGGCCCAGCCCCUCCCCCCUCCCCCAGGUGCUAGAGACACAAGCAGAGCUGGGGCCACAGCGUGUCUGGAGGAGCCAGGUCUAAGCAGAGCAACUGUUGAAUCCCAGUCGUGGCCACCUGUGGCCUGCAGCCUUUCUCCCAGCUCUUGGGACUCUGACAUCUGAAGGCUCCACGGCCGUGUCCUUGUCUGGAUGAGGCCAUGUCUGUGAUCCAAGGUUCCUGAAACUGACACAGGAAGGGGCUGUGAACCCUAAGUGGGUGCUAUCUCCUCCGACUGAGGCUUCUCAGCCUGGAGAUGGCAGUUACUCCUGGCCAUGGUUGCUGAGCACGGGAGACCAGUGCGGGCCACCCUGCUGUGAGUUCUCUGUGCCUACUCUCCAGUCCUGCGGAUGAAGUGAGACCCCUGGGGAGAACGGGUUGUGGAUGAAGGAGUGGACUGCGGCCUUGGCCUAGCCACUGGGCGGGAUCCUUCUGGGUCAUGUGACUGUGUAUCCAGGAGCAGAAACUUGUAUUCUCAGGAUUCAGGAUCUACCCAGCACCAAAGAUGUGUUUUCAGAAGAACAGACCUAGAAAUGGGCCUCUCUGGCAUUUCAGAGUCAGGCAAAGCAGGCAGGGCCGGGGAGCCACUGUGGGUCUACACAGGAAGGUUCCUGAGAGGCUAUCAGUUGUUGCCAUCUAGCUUGCUGGUAACUCUGGCGCCUCCGCCAAGCCCUGCCAGACUCCUCUGGCUGUGAUGGCGUUCUGUGCCAUCCUCCUUGUCCCCAGCCUCUGCAGGAUGCCCUCCCUACCCACCUCUCCCUGGGCCUUCCAUGUCCACUGGGCUGGGCUCAUGUUCAAACAACUGGACUGGCAGGGCAAUGGCUUUUCCCCACCUCAAGAUGAGGUCCUUGCCCCCUUGGCCUAAAAACACCUUCAAAGCAUGAGCCGUGUGCUUCUGUGCCCUUCUCUGUCCUGUUCCAAUGCCCUUCUCUGUCCUGUUCCAAUCUUCUGCCUCCCAGUCAUUCCCUGGGAACUAUGGGAUCACUGUCCCCCAAGCUAUGUGGCCACACCGUGUGUCCUGUCAAUGCAGAACUGCCUCUGAGCUCCAGGCUGACCACAGAUCAGCCACAGCCUGGUACCUGCAGCCCCACUUUGCUCACCCUUCCCCUCCCCUCCUUCUUCCUUCCACACAGCAAGCCCACCUUUCUCCAUGCACGCUCACCAUAGCCCCCUUCUUUGUGACCUGAGCCCUCUUUUGUACCUGGCUGAGGCUGUCAGCCUCCUGGAAGAGUGGGGUCCACCUUCUUCCCCUAUGCAGCGCGAGCUCACUUCUCACCCAGCAAGGUGGACUCACCUGCCUCCUUGUCUCUGGGGCUUUGCUGUUGCCCUGAAACCUAGCUGGGCUGGUCUUGCUCCCAGCUUGCUUCCCCCUUCUUGGAUGUCCAUUUGCAGGCCCCUGUCGUUCCUCAGGCACCAGUGUGCUUGUCUGCCACGGCGAGCUAAUGAGGGGCUUGUACCCUGGUCACCAAGCAUGGUAGCAGCUGCCUGUGUUGGGUCUCCAUCUGGUCACUGCAGGUGCCAACCCUUUAUCUCCCAUAUUUUCCUGGGCCAUGGAGGGCUGACCUCCAUUUUGGGGAAUGUUGUUGAGCUGUGGUAACCAGCUAUACCCCAGGUGCUCUUCCCAUGGUGGUACCCGCCCACCCUGCUGAUGAGAACUAGGAAGUUAGGCUGCAUCUCGGACUGGCCUUCGCUGGAGAGGUGCUUUGCUGUCUCGGAGACUCAGUCACUGUGUUCCCUCCCCACCUGUCUCCAUGGCUGUUUGCAGCCCUCCCAGGUAAUUUGGGGUCUGGGCUGGACUUCCUUUGUGGUUUGCUUUUCUGCUUCUCACUCUUGUUGUAUUAAGAAGGAUUCCAUAAAGGGAGAGUGGCAACCCUGCUGCUGCUGUGCCCGACCAGAGUUCUUGAGGGGCCCUGACCCUAACCCUCCAGCUCAGCCCUGUGCACCUGACCCUGUAAAUGAGUGGGGUUUGCUGACUAUAAUCCCUGACACCAGUAAAACCCAAAGGAAUCUUGGGGACUCAGUAUGAGAGCCAGGGUUACCCACUCUGCCAAGUAAGGACAAACUGCUAGGCUGUAUCCCAUAAUUUCAGGAUGAGAAACGUUAACAAUAAAAUUUUGUAGUACAUAUAA